AUGACGAUUUCCUACAACCUGGAUGUCUCGUCAGUAACUACAUUUUCAUUUCUACGUCUACUUUUUCGAUGGCGUGGCUCCAUAUGGAAAUCGGUGAUCCACGAACUUUUUCUAUGGAUAAUGUGUUACUACGUUGUGUUCUUUACAUAUCGAUAUGCAAUGAACACGGAUCAAAUGCGAACUUUUGAGAAAAUUGCUGCACACUGCGACAAAAAACUGGACUAUAUCCCGCUUACGUUUAUGCUCGGUUUCUUCGUAACAAUUAUCGUUGAUCGAUGGCGAAACAUAUUCAACAACAUGGGCUGGAUUGAGAAUGCAGCACUAACGAUUGCGACACUCUUCCGCGGUGAUACCAAGGAAAUCAUACUCGCUCGUCGAACCAUAGUUAGAUACCUAGUGCUCUCUCAGGUUCUCGUAUUCCGUGAUAUAUCCUUGCGAGUAAGGAGACGAUUUCCUAAUACAGAAUCUCUAGUGACCGCAGGUAAAACCCGUUUUCUCCUUUUUCUCGUCAUUCAACCAUCCCCUUGGAUUAGUAGACAUGCUUGGUGUCGUGAAACAAAUGAAAGAACCUUUAAAAAUAACGAAACGAGAGGCUAG